AUGACUCCAUCUGUGACAGUUUCAACUUCAGCUCCAAAUAUCGUGGCCGAAAGUAUUCUUCUAGAAUUACAAUCAAGUGAAAAUGAAGCUAAUGAACAUUUAAUUGAAAUAUUGGGUCUUAUUAAACCAUCAAGAUCUUCAGCUUCACUGAUAUCAUCUAUCGUUAGAGGUUUAUUCACUAAGAAUUCAAAAUUAUUAGCUUUGUUAUUUGCCAAGUUACAAGGGAUUAAGAAUAGAGAAACCGAUGUUAAGGAAGCUUAUAAGUCAUUUGUCAAUGACUUUGUUCUUUGGAUGGAUAAUGAUGGAAUAAUCUUAUUUGAAAAAUAUUCUAAUCUCAUUUCCAUUGGGGAUGAAAAUAUUAAUCUUAAUAAGAAUGCAUUCUCAAGACCAAUCAUAAAUCUUAAGAAUUACAUAAAUUUCAUCGAUAAAAGUGUUGGUAUCUUAAGAAAUCCAUUCGUAUUGGAAAAACUUCAUAAUGUGAAAGUUAGAUUAGUAGACAUUGUCAAUUCCUUUGAUAAUACCAAUAAUACUAAAGAAUUAAAUGAAUUCAGUUUUGAUAAUAUUCAAAUCUUUGGUUCUAACGUGAACAAUGGCAAACAAAGAAAAUCUUCCAAACAUCAAGAUAAAGUAUCAAGUUUUUUUCAUAUUGAUCAAAUCGUUGAUCGUACUUUCAAUGAAGAUAUCUUUCUUUCAGGAGAAAACAUUCCGGUGGAAUUGGUGCUCUUAAACGUGACAAACAACCCAUCUAAUAGAUUCAAUGCUUUGGCUAUAAUAUCAAUCGAUUGUAAAGUUAGAUCACUUAUGUAUCCUCCUUUCAGAGUUAAUGAACUUUCCAUGUAUUCCAAAGGUGAUACAAUCAUCUUAAAAUCAAUUGACUUUUUAGUAUCAGGUACUAAUGAUGCUAAGAUAACAUUAAAGUUCAAGAAUAAUGAAGUACUUGAAAGAUGGACUCAACAUUUAUUAACUAUAUUCCCAUUCCAAGAAGAAAAUUCACCAGUAUCAGAUACAUUCUUAAUCUCAUCAGAAGUAGAACCACCAAAAAUGAGUGGUCUUGGUAUUGAUUAUUUCUCCGAUUCAGAAAGAAAGCAAUCAAUCGAUUCUUCAAAUAAUGUUCAUAUGCCAAAACCUCAAUUUAAGGAAGUUUAUUCCCCUGAUUCCAUUUCAAGUGAUGAAUCACCAAUUUCACAGUUAAUUAAAAACUCAAAAUCAUCUGCCGUUGAUGAUUUUAAAGAUAUGGCUCCACCUCAAUUUAUAAAUACCAGAAGAAAGUUCUCCAAUUCAUCCAUUGGUUCAUCUGUAUCCAUCGAAUCAUGUGGUUCACAACAUAAUGAAAGAUCGUUACAAGUCAUUAAUAAAGCUUUAUCCAAUGGUUCUUCCAAAUUCAAAGCCAUUGAAGUAGAAGAUGGUAACCAUGUGAAAGAAAUUAAAAGAUCAACCCUCUCUCUUUCUUCUUCCGAAAGUGACUUUCAACAAAGACCAAUAUCAUCUCAUGCUGAAAUUCAAGGUCUUGGUGCACCAAACUCAUUCAAACUUGAUCAUAACAUAAAUGAAAGUAAGACAUCAAUUGUAGAGUAUGCUCCAAUGGUUGAUAAUAGAUUUGCAUCGGUUCCAAAUUUAUCAGAAUCAAAACAAGACAACAAAAUGUAUCAAUUAUCGACUGGAUCAGCAAUUGAUAUUUCCAAUUUUGGUAAAAAUCAUCAACCAAGCUUCUUAUCGGAUGAUACAUUGGUAAAUAAUGGGUCUUCAAAUGGAAAAAAGAAAUCUUUAUUCAGCAUUUUCAAAAAAUCAUCAAAACCAAAGGAUAAAUCAGUAGAUGGUUUCCAAAUGGUUGAACGACCAGCUCUUAAUCUUUCUGAUCAUCAAAUUAAAACUGUGGAAGAAAGUGUCGAACCAGUUCAACAGCCAAAGAAGAAUGAUAUCAAUAAAAAGAAGUUAGAAAUCAACACUAAUAUAAAACCUGAAACAAUCGAAGAUGGUCCAUAUUCAGCCAUGUCAGAAAACAACGACGAGUCAGUUGCAAAACCAUCAACCAUCCCAGCUGCCUUUGCAUUGCCAUCAUCCACUUCAAUGUAUUUCUUCAAACCAUUUGCCAAUGCUUCAACCGCCAGUUUGACUCAAUCCAAUAAUGAUUCACAAACUAAUCUCAAUAUUCCUGAAGAAGAUUUGAAGAUCCCACAAGAUUUGAAAGAUAUUAUUAAUAAUGAUGAAUCUAUUGAUUUCUACCUUAGUAAUAAUUCACCAAAGACCAUGAUUAUUUCCAAAUGGAAAGAAAAAUAUGGAAAAUGGGAAAUGAUUACAACUAGUGAAAAGAUCUUUGCUAAGAUUGUGGUUAAUUAUAUUCUUAAUAAAAGUUGGUUGAUAUUUUUUAAAGAAGAGUAUGAUCAAACUUAUGAUGAAGAAAUUGAUAAACCAAUACUUUUGUUAGAUAUUGUCAAUAAUCAAACUACCGCUAGACAAUCAGCUUUAGAUUUACAAAUAAGUGCCAUUAACUCUAUUACAUCAGAAAAGAUGAAUAUAAUGGUUAGAUGUAAAAGUGGAUCUUUAGCAGGUAGCAUAAAGGAAAGUGUUGAAAAUGUAUUGGGUGUCUUAAAUGGUAAAGGAAAUGAAUCAUUAAGAAAUUCAAAACAGACUUAUUCCGAUUCUACUAUCACCUCGUCUAUUAUGGAUAGUAGAGAUAAACCAAGUAAUUCUUCUACCUUGACAAGUUUAAAUACUAUCUCAAACUCACCUUAUAAUUCUAAGUCAGCAAAGGAAGUUAAUGAACAAAAGUCAACUUCUUUAAGUUCAGAAAGGUUGACAUCUCAUACAGUUUUAAACAAUCCUGAAAAUUCAAGAUUGAUAGUGUUAUAUCUGAUGACAGUAAGAUUACAAAAGCAAUUAGAGGCAUAUGAAAAGAAAAACAUCCCAUCAUCUUGGAAGAUCCUUUCUAUGUACUCUUUAAGUAUCUUUGUGAUAUCAGAUAAUUUCACCAAUAAAAACUACUACAACUUGGUUCUUGAAAGUCAUGAAAAUCAAGGUUCAGAUGAAGCAUUCAAUUGGCUCAUUUCUGAAGAUGAUAAAUAUACCAAAUUAGAGAGAAUCGGAAGAGCUGGUUUAUUAGUGAAAAUGAGUGAUUCUGAUAUCUUUAUGAUUGAAUGUAGAGGAAAGAAGGAAUUAAAGCAAUUGUUUGAGAAAUUUGCUUUAUAG